AUGUUUACUUGUCUCAACUUGUUUGAUGAUGGGAGUUUGUUGGCUGAGUUGCAAGUUAGACCGACAUGGACAGAACAGAUUAAGGGUAAACAGUUGUUGGAUGAGUCACUAGUUCUUCGUUUCCGACAAGUUGAGAAUGGGGAAACUUCAAAUUUUAGGUUAAAUUGUGAAGGGGCACUGUUUUUCUGUGGGAUAGUUUGUGUACCGAGGGAUAAUGAUUUAAGACAGUCUAUUCUGCGAGAGGAGCAUAGUAGUCCUUAUGCUAUGCAUCCAGCAGAGAAUAAAAUGUAUCGAGAUCUUCAUGAGUUGUACUGGUGGCCUGGAUUGAAACGUGAAUGGGAGAGAGUAACCAUGGAUUUUGUAAGUGGGCUGCCCUUAACGACUACCAAGAAGGAUUCGGUAUGGGUCAUCGUUGAUCGAUUGACUAAAUCUUCCCAUUUCAUACCAGUUUGUACUGAUUACUUUUUACAGAAGUUGGCUAAACUGUGUCGUACUCUCACCUGUUGGAGCGAACGGCGAGUUCUGGGGCCAGAGUUAGUAUUUGAUAUCGAAGAGAAGGUGAAAUUGAUUCGAGACCGGUUGAAGGAAGCAUAUGAUAUGCAGAAGUCCUACGCGGAUUUUAAACGUCGAAAGAUUGAGUAUUCUGUGGGGGACUAUGUAUUUCUCAAGGUUUCCCUAUGGAAAAAGAUACUGAGGUUUGGACGGAAGGUUGAGGAAUUCAAGGUUAGGCCAGAUCUGACCUUCGAGGAGGAACCAGUGCAGAUUUUGGAUCGUGAGGUUGAAGUACUAAGGAAUAAAUCUAUUCCUCUAGUCAAGGUGCUUUGGCGUAAUCACAGUUCAGAAGAAACCAUGUGGGAACCCGAAGAGGCGAUGUGA